CUUGGCUUUGGUAAAGGAACGAUUAAGUCUAAACUGAUGAAUAGAUAGGUGUCCUAAGAUGGGCGAGGAAUCGGUCGAUAUAAGCGUUAUAGAAUACUUCAAAACUGGAGAAUCACUGGAUAAGAAGAAGAAAAGGAAGAUUCUUGACUUGUUCAAGUUUUUAGGGGGAGGAGAAAGCCCUACCGAAGCGGUGGAAUUGACCGUCCGUCGAAAUUGGAAUCUUCGCGAAGCACAGCUGAAGGCCGUAUAUGAAAUGGUAAAGCUUGUUGAAAAUCCACCAAGCUUGGUAAGUUUUAAGAGGAAAAUAUUUCCAUAUUUUAUCUCACUAAGAAGUGAUUUAUAUAAUUUACUUUCUCUGCGAUACUAGGUGAUGGAUUUCAGAGUUCCUGGAAAUCUAUGAUUGUGCGAAAUUUAAAUAUAAUCCGAUGGAAGGUGCGACCCUCAUGAACAACACGAAUGUAAACUAACUAAGGAACGUUUGAUCUGUUAGCCUUACUAUGCAGCGGUUUUUAAAGAUUUAUGUCGAUUUUCUUCCUUUAGACAGAGCGUGUUUUUAUGAACAUAAGAAAACGCAAAACUCUCUUUUGUGCCGAUCAUCCACCAGUAAUCUAGAUUUAGCCAACGAUAGGUUCAUAAGCUUUCAAUUGAAGAUAUUCGAACAAUAAAGAGAAAAUGUUUUGCGUUCCUUUUGAGAUGCAACCAUGAUUAAAUAUAGACAACUACAGAAUGUGGAAACUGAAAUGGUGAACCAUUGAUGUAAGCAUGUGUGGUCUCUUCAUUUCGAAAGUUACGUACUGCAAAUUGUUUAAAUAUACAUGUAUUUGCAUGACGAAUUACAAGAAAUUGGUUUCAGUUUUACAGUGGCUGUGAUAUUGUUACUAUGUAUAAUGUACCCAUUCAUUGGUAUGAUUACCUAACUGGAAGAAGAAUUUUAAAAGAGUUCACCAAAGGUGACUUUUGUGUUGAAUAGCCCUCACAUCAAAGAGCUUGAAUAAUUAUUGCAAGAAGACAAAACAACACAGAAUCAGUCUGGUUGUCUGUUUGAACCUUGGAGGAUGUAAUGGGCAUUUUCCAUUAAUUGAGAUAUCCUAAUAUCUGACAAGGCUUCAGUAUUAUAAUAAGGUACAUUUGUAAUUAAUUGAGCUCAAGGUUAAAUGAUGAUAUUGCUCCUUGCAUGUCAAAAGGGAGUUCAUACCUGAAUAGUUCAACAAUGAAAUUUGAGCUGCAAUUGCUAUGUGGAACCAUCUGCAUCAAAAAGAAACCUUGACAAAUAAUGCUCUAAAUUGGCGUGACUACUGUUCUGCACGCAAUAGAGAGUUCCAUCUUAUUCGUAAUGCCAAGUGCUCUUUUUACUGAAACUCAACAACAACCUUGAAAAUCGUAAAAAUCUUUGGUGCAUUAUUUGUAGUCUUGCACCCUCCAAAUGUUCCAAAUUACCAAAUCAUCAACCAUUGACGAUAAGAACUAUCAUGAUUAUUAUGAUAUUGCCUACCUUUAUAAUGAGCACUUUGCCAAUAUCUUUUCCUUGAGGGCCUUCUAUUACUUCCGUUAACACUCAGUUGAAUGAAGUUGCUAGAACUGUAUCUACCUGGGCUGACAAUAAUCGUCAUUCAACACUUCUAAAACUAAAUCUGUACUCCUUACGACUCUGUAAGAGUAAGUACUCUAACCAGCUCAGUGCUCAAUGUCCAGAUAGGUGGUAGAUAUAUUGAGCAAGGGGACCAUGCCAAGUUGCUUGGUGUAAUGAUAGAUGGUAGCAUGUCUUGGGAGCACCAUAUCAAUACAAUCUGCUGCAUGGUUAGCAGUAAGCUUUCUCUUCUCCGUGGUAUCAAAUCUUAUCUUAACUUUGGUUCUGCUUUAAGAUUCUAUAACUCUUGUGUCUUGUGUUUCUGAAACUGAAGUGGAUCCCCGUUUUUGAUCUCAUUAAAUACAGGAAACUUUUUCUUCUUUUCAGCAUUCUCCUUAAUACAAAUGCUUCUAAUUGCCUCAGGAACAGAUUUCAGUUUCUUUCUGAUUUGCAUGGACCUUUGGGCUGUUAUACAAGAGCCUCUCUCUAUGACUUAAAAGGUGCUAUACCCACAUGGUAACUCUGGGAAAUGCACACUUGCCUAUAGUACUACUAAACUCAUCAAUGAACUCAGUUCUGACCUAAAAGAGUUCUCUACUUCUUCCUCUCUCAAAUCUAAAUUAUGAAAUCUAUUUCUCUCACAUCUAUCCUCUUCUGAGCAUUUAGAGGAUCUACUGUGUUCAAUUUGCUGCUAUUGUAUUCAUUGUUAAUGUUCUUCAUAAUGCCAACCACAACCCCUGUUGAGUAUUUUGUACAUAUUUCACUCUCUUUUAUCAAUUUAUAGAUUACAAUUAUGUGUUUUUAAGUUUUUAGUCAAUUUAGAUUUUAGAAUUUUAUUGCGUGUUUAUAGUUUAUUCUACUUUAGAUAUCAUUUCUCUUGUAUAUAUAUUGAAAUUUAUUUUUGAGGGCUGUACAUUAGGAAACUAAUAGGUUAUUGCAUCGCCCUUAUUCAUUCAUUAUUCAUUAUCCAAGGGGAAUCUGGGGGCAUUUAAUUUUUAGCAUUCUUGGCUUUGAAAGGAGUGCCAAUCAUAAUAAUUUUUAUUGACCACAAAAUUUUUUUUUUUGAAAAAGUUUUUCCUUAGAUACUGUAGGCAGAAUUGCACUUUGAAUACCUUCCCAGCCUCUUAUCUAUUUUGUAACUCUUUCAGAAAAUUUUGAAGCUCACAGUUUGUAAUAUACUUAUUAAAUGAUCAUUAAUGAACAGCUAAUAGGAAAAGAAGAGCAAUCGGUUAGAUUUUAUGGGUAUCCAUGACACUGCUCACAGGCUAAACAGACUGCAGUAGAAUGCUGAUAACUAGCUUUUAUUGAAACCCCUGUUAUUGAUGUCUUACUUUUUUGUCUUUUCCUCCUUUUUUUUUAGAAAACUGGAAGUCCUGAGAAAAAACUGGUUCUUAGUGUCCUUAUUAGCUCAAAUCUUCUCAGCUUUGUGGUUAGACUUCUGUGGAUACGUGUUCCUAAUGAGUGCACAGAGAACAGUGAACCUUGGAAUGCAGGAUAUUUUAAUAGCCUGGUAGUCUUGAAACACAUUUUGACUCUUCCUCAAUAUACUCAGACAAACCGAUCACAAAUUACAGAAUUGAAUACUGUAGAAGCUGUGUUGGACUUCUGUGAUGCUGACCUUGAUCUUUUAGCAUGUUAUCCAGCAGUAUGUGCGUUAAAAACUUUGAGUUGUUUACACCGUGAAACUUGUGACAAAAUCAUCUCAUUAAAUGCACUCCCAAAGCUUGGAAACUUGAUUUCAAAAGAUAAUUGUCAAAAAAUGGUUGUCAAAGCCUAUAGGCGAGGAGCACAGCCAUAUGAAAAACGUGUUUUACGUGAUCGAUAUGAUCAGUCUGAAGAAAACUUCAAAGAUUUCACCGUUCCUUCCAUUGCUGAUAGAGAAUUGAAUGUUUUACGAUCCUGGAGCUGGAAAAUGCAGAUGUCAGCUUCUAUAGUAAUUCUACAGGUAGGAGUACAGUAUUAAAGGGGAUAACUUUUUAAUUACUAUAAAUUUUUUUAAAAUCUUUAAAAUUAUGUUCUGUGCUGGUAGAGCUGGAAACCCUCAAAUUUGGAAAAAUAUAUCAGAUAACCUACACCUGUAUGAUGGCAAUGAAGUGUUGCACAACUGUGUGUAGUCUCAAAACUCAAAUUUUGCUAAAGGUUGGCAAACAUUUUUGUUUUCACUGAACACAGGUAUCCAAAUAAUACUCAUAGAGCUUCUUGAGCGCUCUGGCACCAAUAGCAUCUGGCUUUUUAUACAUAUCUUCAAAGGAUCGAAAGGUUGAUGCAAAUUUCGAGCAAAGUGGUGUUAAUUUACUUCAUGAUGCUAAAAGCAAGUGAGCUGGUGAAUGUUGCAAACUGUAAGUUAUGUGUAUACCAAAAUUUAUUUUUGAUAUAUUAAUUUUCUUUCAAGGUUGCAGAACAGAGUGAUAAAUACAGAAAACUUGUUUAUAAAGAUAAAACAAUAUUAAAGGUAAGUUGCAUAAAGUGAAAUACCUACUAGGAGACUAGAACUUUAAAUUGUUUUUGGUGCCUUGAGUAUCAUGUGUGUACUGUAGAAUUCAUGAGUUAAAUUUCUGCUAUAGCUGUACUGGUACAUAAUGUACAUGUAGGUGUACAUAAAUGGAAGUGUUCAAGCUGCAUGCAGAAGUAUGGGUGGUCAGAAAGUUAAAAAGGUUAAAGAACUUUUUGAAGUUGAUGGCUAAAUCAUCUCAGUAGCAGAAGAUACAUUAGACAUCUUCAGUAGCAGUAGAAACAGUAGACACAGUAGAGACUUCAGUAGCAGAAGACACAGUAAAUAUCUCAGUAGAUUUAGCAACAGUAGACAUAGUAGAGACUUCAGUAAUAGAAGACACAGCAAAUAUCUCAGAAGCAGGAGACACAAUAAACACCUCAGAAGUAGAAGACAGUCAACAGACAUCUCAGUAGCAGAAGAGAGUCAAUAGAAAUCUCAGUAGCAGAAGACACUGUACACAUCUCAGUAGCAGGAGACAUGGUAGACACCUCAGUAGCAGAAGACACGGUAGACAUCUCAGUGGCAUAAGACACAGUUAAAGAAUAAGAAUAAGAAAGUACCCUUAGACUGUACAGUUGUACCCCACAUCUGAAUGAAAAAAUGUAGAGGGCCAGGCAGAUAAAUCUUUAUAUUAUCUUAAGAGUUGGCACUCUGCCUUAGGUAGAUGCUAUACAUGUUGUCUAAAUGGAGUGGUUUGCCAACUUCAGGCACAGGUGAAAUUUCUAGAUAUGUUUGUCUUUUAGGCCUUGAUAAAACGGUUUAAAACUCCUGCAAUAACUGCAAAUGACUGCAACAUGAGUGCAAUGAGCAUGAAGGUUGUUGGUAUGUUGGGCCUGAGUGAGGAGUUAUGUUGGCAGUUGAUGGAUGUGAAUGGUAUCAUUAGAUACCUGGAAGAUGGAAGUAUGUCAAAUAAAUAUUGUUUUUCUUUCUAAAUGUGAAUGAGAAUAGUCAUAAAUUUUUAAUCAUUGGCAUUCAGAGAUAAAAUUUGCAUUCAUAUGGUAGCCAGACAUUCUAAUUAUAUUAGAGACAGGGAAACAUGUAAACUUUCAUCCUCCACUCCUUUUGAAGUAGAUCACAAUUUGAUAUUGCACAUGAAUGGGUCAUCAGUUUGUGAAUGCAGGGUAAAACCCCUAAUUGACAGAGCCAGAAUAAACUCUUUCAGAAGGUGGGAAAUCUUGUCCUGUUUCAGCAAAUUGCCUGGGGAAUAUGAUGAUGGUACUGGGGGGGGGGGGAAGAACCUGCAAAGCUAGUGGCAUUACUUGCAGAUGGAGCACUAGCACUUUCAGUUGUAUGAUUCCCUAAAUUUGGAAAUGGCAAUUAUGGGGAGGUAGGCUUAUAAUAUUAAUACUUAAAAGGAUUGUCAGAGAUUUUGUUUGCAUUAAAUAUGAUUCUCAGAUCAUAUAAUAAAGUCUUAAUAAGAAUAAUAAAUUGUUGUGCUGUUAUGUAUGAGUCCAAUCCAUUGCUAGUUGCUGUCUCAACCCAGCAAUUUGAUGACCCUCUUAUAUGAUUGUUACUAGUUUUUCUUUAAAGAAAUAUGACUGUGAAUUAUGUAAUCCUCAGUAGUUGAGAUUGUUCUUUAUCAUGAUGAAGAAGGAUUCCUCAAGUGAUAAAAUAUGUUUUCUUCCCUCUAAAUUUCUGCAGUCCUUUUGCCUGACAAUGGACCACUAAAUUCAUAUUUGGAGACAAUACUGCAACUGUCCACACACAGUGGUCGCUGUAGAAACAGAUUACUGGAGAGUGAGGUAAAUGCAAAGCUGAACCUAAAUGUUGCAACUGCUUGUAGCGAAAUGUUCAGUUCUUUUCAUGUUUAACUUUGUGAAACCAUUGUGAAUUACUGACCAGCAAUGUUCAUUCUUCGUCCUCAAAUACAAACCAAAAGUAACUAAUUAAAGGUGUUAUCUUGAUAUGAACAGGGUGAUGAAGAUCAAAUCUUAUUAUGGUACAUGUAAUGCUCAGCUAAUCUUUUUCUUUCAGUGGAGAAUGUACUUUUCAGUAACUGUAGAAACUGUGCUCCAUUUUCUCGAUCUGUACUCUACAGAAUUUUUGUAGAUGUUGUUUCAAUUGUGUUAAUACAUUUUGUAACAUUGCUGCAGGAAAUUCUCCAUGCUCUUGCAAGAUACAUGUUCUCUUUCCACAAGGAGGUAAGUACAUGUACCAUUCCUUUUUUUGCUAGGUUUCUUUCCUUCUGUUCUAAUUGAAUAGUCAAUGCUUUCUGGACAUACACUUUUAUACCAGAUGCUCUACUUUUGAUGCACUGGCAUUUUCUUUUCUGUCUAGAACCUCCAUUCAGAUUCUAUUUUUGAAACUUUGUGUUCUCUCAUCAGCCAGCACUAGUUGUUUCAGAGUGCAUUCUCUGGCUUUAACUUUGAGAUUUGAUCGAUUUAUAACUUUUUCCAACAAUACCAAUACCUUCUAGUGAAGCGAUGAGAAAUACAUUAUCUUGAUUUAAUACCAAAUUAUGUCCUUAUCUUUGAGGUAAUGCAUGGCAGCUUGAAAAGGAGAAUUUCAUUUUAAAGGGGUGUGAAGGAGCUUUCACUGUUCUUCAUUUUGAGUCCAAAACAAUUCAAACAUGAGUGAAUCAGAAGGGGUUUGCAUAUUAUUUCAAUAAUUUCUCAUGUGCUGCAGAUUGAAGGCCCAGCUCUACGUACCAUCGCAAACCUGGCAGAGUCUGAAGACCUGGCUAAGAACUUAAUAAAGUGUGGUGUAACUCCAAAAAGUAUGGCCAUAGUCAUCACUUACCAUCAGGUAUCAGCACUGGAAUUUACAUUAUUUAUCAAAUCUCAGACGAAUUGUCAAAGAUGAUCGAUUAUCAGCAGCCAAAUUUGAAGACUUUGUAUGAGUCUUGCAUAUAAAUGGACAUUGGUAAAAUGUAACAUUUACCUAUGCUGUCUUAAAUAGACUACACUUAUGUACAUCAGUAUAUCCAUUGAUUGUGGUUUUUUUUAUUCUUAAAGCAUUCUUCUCGCCAAAUUGCUGAAAAGAUAGAAAAAAUCCUGCAGCGUACCUGUGAAAAGUAAGUCAAGAUUUAGAUUACAACAGCCUUCCUCUGCUCACAGGUGUUGCACUUAUUAAACCCUAUUGGUGAUCAGAUUGCUUUCAGGGAACAAUGAACCCAUCUUAACACUCCCAAUGUAAGGCUUCGUUUCGCUUUGUAGCUCAGGUGGUAAUAACACCUUUACAACAUUUGGAAGGUAGAGGUGCAAUCCCUUUAAGGGCUGCAUUUUUUUCAGAGCCUCUUUUUUUUCUUGCAAUGUUUUCAAUUGCAGUUCGGUCAUCACUUGCAAUGCUUUUCAAGGUGGUUUGAUAACUAGCUGUAAAUACCUAGAUGUAAAGCAUGUUGGAUCUUACAAGCUGUUGACGAGAGGGUGAACCAGUUUUUUCAUAUACUAUGGAAGCUCUCAGGUUACAGAGUCAGGUUAUAGUGGCUGUAUAGUCAGUGCGUCAGGUUCCAUGAGCAGUAGUCUGGUUUUGAAUCUUGCAAAGGUCAUCGUGUUGUGUUCUUCACUUACAGUAUGUUCAGAAAAGCACACAGUAACGAAAACGGGAGAUUCGCCAUUUUGUUUUAGUGAAAAUCAGCUUGGCAGAGUCAACGAUUUUGACGAAUUUUAGUCAGAUUUGUCAAAGCGAAAUUAUCUUGGCAGAUUUAACGAUUUUGACGAAUUUUCGCCAUUUCGUUACUGCUCGCAUUUUUGGACAUAUCUCGUAUUCUUGAGCCAAACACCUUACUCUUGCGGUGCUCUUCACCUCCAAGGAGUAUUAAUGGGUACCAAAAACCUCUCUGGGAAACCUGACAAAAUCUUGGGCGGUUACCUGCGAUGGACAGGCUUUCCUUGUUGUGGGAAUGCUAUUACUCCCCAUCGCAUAGUGGUACAGAAAUGGGCGAUCACGAUAGGGAAAUGUGUGCUACUCGGUUCUAAGAUACAACCUCGUGAUAGAGAGGUAAAUUUUUUUGGAAUUAACAUUUUCCCACUUGGAAAUCUCUUUAUAGAGAAUGGAAAGAAGAGGAGGUAGCAUUUGGUAGCAAACAGCGUAUUGAAUUCUUCUCACGUCUAGACGAAGAUCAGGCGCAAAGUCUAAAGGAUCAAGGCAACAAAAAGUUUAAACAGGGCUCGUUUGACGAAGCAGUGAAACUUUACACCGAAGCAUUGAACUGUGUUCCUUACUGCUUAGAAGUGAACAAUGCUAGAAAAGAUGGAUCACGUUGGUAAAGAAAAAUUUAUUUGUUUUCCAACGCGUGGAGAAACUAAUAGUUUUCGUUUAUGGAGUCGUGAGAUUCAUGUUAAGGUCUGCCCUCGACGGCAAUGGUCUUUACGUUGUGUUCCUAAACACAGUUUUUAAACUCAGGAUAGUCCGCCUCUCAACUCAAGUAGUUUGCAUGAAAGCAGCUCCUGGCGAACUUGAUGAAAUUUAGUUUUUACGUUAAGUUUAACCCUUAAACUUCAAUGCGUUACCAAGACAGAAUUUCUCCUUACAUUAAUAAUUCUAUGUCGAGCAGACUAGUAAUAAGAAUGAAUAGCAGUAUCCAUUAGGGGAUUAUUAGUUGAUCCAAUACCAAAUUCUCCUAACGAAGAUCAUAAGAAUUGUAUGGCAGACUUUUAGGAGAAUCCCGAUUUUAUACUGGGUGUGUUGGGGAGGGGGAAGCAUGAAGAUAGAGUUCGUCAGGCUGUCAGAUAGUGUAAUCUCAUCGUCAGGACGAGAGAACUAAAGCAAAAGUCAUAAUUUGCGUCAAGAGACCCAAUUAAUGCCAAUGAUCACCUCUGCUUAGGUGAACGAAUUAUAUGUGUAUGUAAUUGAGAAAGUCCCCUUUGGGACCACAGGAUUAACUGGUGCUCCUGAGUUGAAGCUAUUUUACUAAUUGAUUCUUAAUCUGUCAUCGACUUUCAUACCUGGCCGAAAACUGACGAGCUAGAGAGUGGCAUGCGAAAUCUUCAGUCGUUUUUUAUCUUUUUUUUUUUCCUUCCAGGUGGGUUUUACCAGCCGUGUUGUACAGUAACCGUGCGCAGUGCCACUUGAAUAACUCUGACUGGGAGAGUGCCUUGAAGGACUGUAACGAAGCAAUGGCAAGGUGCCUUGAAGGUGCAUAGCAAAUAACUAAUGUUGGCUCGUUCGUUUGUUUUCUUGACAUUUUGCGUUUCUUUAUUUUCCUUUUUUCCUUUUUUUCUCAGUUUCCGUUCAUAUUUCUGCUUGCCCUUUACUAUAGUCCUUUACAAGGUGAAAGUGUGGAAGAUCUGCUCCAUUUAAUAAUAGACAUCAGCCUGUGAGGUCUUAAACUACUGAAUAUUGACAUAAAUUUAACACAAGCUCGUGUGUCCCAGGUCGGUGAAUAAUUACGACAGUAAAUUAUCGUCGACUAGAAGCAUUAAUUCGACUAAUAUUUAAGUUUCUCUAAACUUUUAUUUUCAGACAACGAUGAGUCCGAAAAAAUACUUCUAAAAACUAUGUUCCGUCGCUCUAGAGCAUGGAUGGAGUUAGGCUAUCUCUUCAGAGCACUGAAUGAUAUUUCUCACUGUCUGAGAAACCAGACGCCCGGUGAAAGUAAUUUCCAGUCAUAUUACUGGGAGGUGAGAAUGACAAACAUGCAUUAUUAUCUUUACGAAAGAUAUCAAUGUCUUGGCAGUUGAGCGGGGAUUGUGCAGUAGUAGCCAGAAGACAGGGGUAAAUUUUAGCGUUUUCCCGGCCAGUGGAGGUAGUUGUUAGUGCGACGCCAGUGCGAGGUGUGCGCGAGGGAAGAAGAGGAACAAAAUACACCUCUCCCACCCUCUCCCUUGCGCUCCUCCUUGCUCGCCCAAUUAAGCUAAAGGUGGCGCGUGUUUCACAGGGUAGUGCUGUGAUGAAAGAGGUCAAAUCACGUGUUGAAGCUGCGCAAAGACUAGUUCCUCCUUGAUAACGAGGGGUGGAGACACAGUUAGGGUAGUUGGAAUUCUCCAUUUAUUUGUAAGAAAUUGUUAACCCUUUACUCCGUAAUAUCAGUAUGCAUAUUCUUCAUUAUGUUCUCCAUAUAUUCCCUUAGGCACUGAUAAGGAGAAUUUGUUUAACAAUAAAGAGCUUCUUUUCCAUUGAUCGCGCGAACUUAGUGUAUGAUUCAGGGGUGACAUUGUCGGGAGAAAUUAGAUGCUGGUCACUCGAAGGAGCCCAAGAGUUAAUACAACAAGGGAACACAUCGUGAUUCUUGUGGUUUUGCCGUUAUUUCUUCCUCUCCAUGACUGGUGAAAUGGCAACGCUAAUGUUUGUUCAUAUGUUCCAGAUUAUGGUCAAGUACCGCAGUACAUGUGGCAUAGAACCUAUCCGUCGCUGUGGCAACUGUGUUGGUGGAGAAGGGGACAAGUUGAAAAGAUGUGGAAACUGUGACGAGGUCUACUGCAGCCGUGAGUGCCAAGUGUUUGCUUGGGAACUGGGUCAUAAGACCUAUUGCAAAAAGUGAGAAAAACGGAAAAAGAGACAGUAAGAUUUCCGGUAUACAAUUGAAAUAGUAAUACCUUGAAACAACUAUCGUUGUUAACCACCGAAAAUUGUUGUUUGCAGCCGGAUAUAAGUUUUUUUCGUGUUUAAAAAACUCAAAAAAGAUAUGUUCAAGUUUUAAGAUAAGGGAAAAGCAAAACACUGAAAAAAUCUCACAGGACCAAGGAAUCUACACUAUCGCUGCUUGCUUUUACCGGUGAACUAAAAGAAGGUUAGUUCUUUUUAUUCGAGAAAACAAGAACUCCUGAGGUAAAUUUCAUGCGCAUGCUAGAAGCGCCUAUGAUGCGGCUUUUGAUAGAGGGGAAUAGAUAUGGCAUCUGAAUGUCGGCCACUGUGGCCUUUACCAGGCGUAUUGAUAGUAAACGGACGCAAAAAUAGCAUGGGGCGAAGGAGGGAGGUAGGUUUUUUUUGGGUAGCGGAAGGAAUGCUUCUUUGUAGCGAACUGUCCCAAAUUUUCUUCUUUUGUCGCUGUGCGUAUUUGGCUUCCCGGUGAUUAGGCAAGAUGGUGGGAAGAUCUUUUUGCAUGGUACUACCUGGAAACGGUUACCUUUAUUUAGCGACUAUAACUUUUUAUUUUCAUUUUGUUCAUUGCUUAAUUUGUUUGCUGUAAUUUUAAUUUAGUUAUGGAGUAUCCAAAGUCAUUGAUACGAUCAUUAGUCAAUAGGAUUUAUAUAAUAAGCUACAUUUUGAUUGCUUUUUACUAAUGAUAUUAGAGUACGGACGCAUAAAUGACAUCACUAUCGACACAUUUCGCUUCUCUACUAUAUAAGUGAAAUAGAUUCCAGGUUGCCGUGCUUCUGUUCAGUCAUAGAUCACCAAAGACGUUAACCCGUUAACCCCUAAGAGUGACUAGCAUCUAAUUUCUCCCAACAAUAUCGCCCUUGAAACAAACAUUGAGGUCAUGAGAAUAGAAGAAAUGAUCAUUAACUAAAGCGGCUAUUGAUUAUUAAACAAAAUUCUCUUUGUCAACACCUUGGUAAAUGUUUAAUGAAUGGUAUGGAGAAUAUUGAUACUGAUGUUUGGGGGUAAAGGGUUAACAUGUUGUGAAACAUCAGUGAUACAUUCAGCUUCAUGUUACUUUGUUUUUUUUUUUCCUACCGCAUUUUGACGUCAUCCGUGAUCUGUUACUGAAAGACGGCACGGAAACAUGGUAUCUGUUUGUUACUGUUGAGAGUACUGCCAGCAGCUGAACGGGACGUUGCUUUAAAAUGUGGUCGAUUCAUUUAGCAGUUCAGCAUUUGGCAUUUAGAUAUUGGGCGUCGUCUGUCCAUAUUUCCUGAUAAUUUCAGUUUUUUUUUUUUACGUUUGUGUUUGUAAAUAUAUAUAGCCAUGGAUAUGUAACUAAAAACGUCAUCUCCUAAAGCCUAUUUGAUUGCCAACGACUGGGCCUCCCCUCAGGGAUGCAUUCAAUAACUUUGCUUUACCACAAAGUGAGCUUUUAGUGGAACAAUUGUUCCUAGGAGCCACUCGGGCGUAGAAUUUACGUUUGAUUGAAUUGUGGGACCUUAGUGUAGACGUUGGUAUCGUUGUUAACAUGCAAGGCGCUUGGUGUUCUAUGAUACAUUGUGGCUCAACUGAAACACGUCAGUUCGUGUACCGAAGUGGUUCACCCUUUUAACCCUAAGAGUGACCAGCAUCUUAUU